GCGAUAUGAUUGUCCAGAUUACAGUUCCUGACAAAAAAGGUAUGGAAAGGGGGUUGAUCACGUGCUGAUAAGCGUCUACGCGCGCCCCUGCAACAACUUAUCGAGAAUAUCGCGAUUCCCCGCGAACGCGUCUUCCUGAACCCCUACUCGAGCCUUUCUUCUGCCGUACAUACCUCCCUCCAGAAAAGCAACGCUUGAAUCGCCUUAAAUACUAAUGGCCUUGGGAGCUUUGCUUUAGAUAUAUGUCAAGAAAGGCAGUAAAGGUCAAUCCUUCGUUCCACACACGUCAUCUAAACCUCUCCAAUUUCUGUCCAUGGCAGUCAAACUUUCCUACGUCAAGGCAUUUUUGGAUAAUCUUGGUUCGCAGCAACAUUGUCCUCCCUAGCCGGCAUCAGCGGGGAUAUACAAUAUGAAAGCUCCAACUUACCUCCGUCCAUGCUCAAAUUCCAGUCGAUUCCAAACGCAACGUCAGUUACCACCAUUUGCGCCUCAGAUCAGUAGGCACGAUACCCAACAUCCUCCUCAAUCUUCCACUCAAUCUCAGCAACAACUGCCCCUUCCGGACCAUCACACACUAACUCCCAUUUCGCCAUCAAAUUCCUCUCCAUUUCUUCGAAUACCUUCUGGAUUAGACUCCUCAAUUUUGACCCCAGCUCCUCAGUCAAAGCUACAAGCCCUUCCUCAAUCCCAGUGUCUAGAGUCCGUUCUCAACCAUGCAGAUGCCGAAUCUCUCAAAGCAUUACUCAGUGCUACCGGUAAUUUGUAUCCGCAUAUGCGAACGACUACUCUAAGAUUUUUGCUCGGAGACAAAUAUGUCGAAGAGGAGAAAGAGGUGGGAUGGAGUAUCAAGGAACCCCUGAACAAUAACAAAGUAGAUGGGAAGUCGCUGGACCAGAGAGAAAUUUCUAUGAACUCGAGAAAGGAACGAAUCAUACCAGGGAAGGGGUUGAUUAUUGACUUGGUGAGCGAUGAUGAGGAUACCUUGCAGAGGGAAAGCCCUUUGGAAAGAGCAUUGAUGAUAGAAAAGAAGCGGACUGCGGUCCUAUUGCAAGAACUAAAGGCAGCGAAAGAAGAAAUAAAGAAUGUCCAAAAAAAAUAUCAAAAUGAAUGGAAUCAGGUCGAGACCUUACAACAGCAGUUGAGGGAAAUUCAUGCCAAGGCUAUGAGUGGCCAGAAUACUUCGUCAGAAUUGAUGCCUCGAAAUGAUAGUACAGAACAAGCUUUGAAAGCGGAUAGAAGAUACAAUGGGAUAAUUCAAAAGCAGUUGAUUGAUGAGACGAAGGAAACGACUAGACUCGAAGAUCUAUUAGACCGCUAUAGACGAUUUCAAUCAAGCAGUGUAACACCUGUAUCUCAGCCGGAUAAAAUCCCUCAGACUGUCUUAGCAGAAACCCCCAACAAGGAGAUAGGGGAUCUUAAAAAAGCUUUGAAAGAGAAAAAGACUAGAUCCCAGUGGUUCAAGAAGCAAUUUACCGAUCAACAAAUCAAAUGUACGGAAGCGGAAACGCGCGCUUCCUCGGUGAUUGUCGACAAGAACUCUACCGUAGAAGCACUGGGAAAAGAGAAAAAGAAGACAAAGUAUUUGGAAAAGGCGCUCAAGAUUGAGAGGAGGUUAAGGGAAGUUACGGAGAGGACUUUGACCCAUGAGAGAGACUUGGCGGAAAAAGGAGAAGGGGUUCCGUUAGCUCGGAAAGUUUUAGCAGAACUAUAGGAGGAACGGAUAGUGUUGGCAGAGGUGGACGAGGAAGUUUUGAAUGGAAGAACUCGAAGCCACUCAGUCGCCGGUGUAUCAUUAUCGGCGAAGAAGCGGAAGCUCAAUCCAACUUUGGAGUAAUUAGGGUUGGAGAGAAAAUACCGAUGGCCUUGCCGAUAUCAUCCCGGGGCAAGAACAUUACGCCCACAAUUCCUUACUAAACUUGCUGAAUAGCGUGGUGAGAGAUUUCAUGAAGGAAAAUCUGUUGACGUAAUGCUGACUGUCUAUGGGGCAUCUCAUUGGCUUAGCGAGUGGUCCUGAAGCUGCUGUAAAUAGGGAGAUGGCGGAGUAAGUUGUUGUAGGGUGCCCACUCAUACAAAUCAUUAUGCACGUCGGAUUUCUGGAUAUUCUCUCUAUAUUUUGAUCUGAGCAUGCAGGACAUACACACACUUAACAUAUGUUAAAUGUCAGAAAAUGUUUGAAAUUAAAAGUAUAUUUAAGCGCGGGACAGGAGCAGAAUGAUACCCCUAUACAUAUGUAUUUAUGUAGCAAUAUUGCAAAUUUCUUUA